AUGUUUAUCAUUUUUAUACUCUAGUUACUUUAUGUACUUGGAUAAGAUGAUGAUCCUAUUCACACUUCUGUCCUUUAUGGAAGUUCAGAUUUAGGAUAUUAUUAUGUUAACAUUUAUGUUGGCAAUCCUCCACAAAAACAAUCUGUUAUAAUAGAUACUGCAAGCUAAAUAACAGCAUUUCCUUGUGAUGCUUGUGAUUCAACAUCAUAAUGUGGAAAUCAUGUAGAUUAAUACUAUAAUAGAACGAAUUCAUCAACAUAUAAAGAGUUAGAUUGCAAUAGCUCAUUUGGAGAAUGCUCCUGUUUUAAAUGUUUAAAUAAAUAAUGCAUUUUUUCGAUUUCUUAUUCUGAAGGAUCAUAUCUAGAAGGGUUCUAUGUAAAUGAUCAAGUGAUUUUUGGGGAUUUAUUGAUGGAGGCUAAGACAUCAUAGAAUGAAUCAAUCUCAAAAAAAGAUAGAAGUGUUAGAAGUGUUUUUGGGUGUACUACUAGAGAAACAUAUUUAUUCAAAACUUAAUUGGCAAAUGGAAUAUUGGGAUUGUCUCCAAAGACAAACACUAUUCUUGCAUUCCCUAAUAUUGUAGAUGAUAUUCAUGAUCAAGAAAAUGGAAUGAAACUAUUCUUUUCUAUUUGUAUAGGAAGAAUUAAUGGUUAUAUGACAAUAGGAUAAUAUGAUUUUAGUAGACAUCAGAAAAAUAGUACUUAUUAUACAAUUAAUUACUUUCCUACUUAAAAUAAGCCAAAAUAUGUAAUAAAAAUUUCAGAAAUUAGAGUUAAUAAUAAAACUAUUUUACCUGGUUCAGAUUUAUAAGCAGGAGAAGGUACUUUUAUAUGUUCUGGAUGUACAAUUAUUUAUGCUCAUCCUCAUGUGACAAGAGAAUUAGUUAAUGUUUUUGUAUGUGAUUCUCCUAAUUGUCCUAACAUGGAAUAUUUUGAAGAUACUGCAUGCUAUGUUUAUAAUAAAACACUUCAUGGAUCAUAUGAAUAAUUUAUUUCAUUUUUUCCAACUUACUAAUUUGUAAUGGAUAAUAAUUUUAUCUUGGAUUGGACACCAAAAGAUUAUUUAACUAAAAGUAUUAACUAAGAUGAUGCUUAUUGUUUACCUGUUUAAGAAUAUUAUGGAAAUAGAAAAGUAUUUUUAGGUUAGGUAUGGAUGAGAAAUUGGGAUAUAGGUUUUGACAAAGAAAAUUAAACUCUGACGUUUGUAAGAAGUAAUUGUUCAUCAGAUAAUCUUAAACAUAAUUUCACUGCUGAUGAUUUGUUUUUAAAAGAAUUAAAUUAAUCUAAUAUAACAUUAAAAAACAGAUAUCCACCUCCUAUAGAUAUCGAUUAAGAAUUUGGUAUAUUAAAAAUAUAUAUUUUUAAGCAUAUGAAUCUGUUGGAGUAAUAGCUGUAUUUAUUAUAUCUAUAAUCAUAAUUAUAUUGAUAUUUUGUAUUAGAAGGAUAUAUUUAAAUAGAAAAAUUCAAAUAGAAUCUAAAAUACCAGUAGAUGAAGAUGAAACUUAUAAAACAGUCCAAUAAAAAGUUUUUGUUGCUUAAUGA